AUGGAAAACCCUCUGAAAUGGUCGUCCACAUACACCGUCACGCCGCCAAACCGCACAUCCAAGAAGCUCUACGGUGAUAAGAUCUGCCUCCCACAGUCAGCACUUGAAGGGAUUCUGAAUGCCUUCUCACCAUCAGCUGAUACCCUAGGCUAUACCGCUUCUUUCUCUGGAAACCGCAACCGCAACCGCUACCCUCCCGUCACAGCCCUCUCCGCAUUGGACGAUGAAGGUCGAGACCGACGGCGAGAGCUCCCAUAUCCUCUUACCUUCCGCAUUAUCAACCGCAAAUCGGGACGAAUCGUUCACGCCGGAAUACUCGAGUUUUCAGCUGAAGAGAAUGAGGUCUCGUUAAGCCCGCUUUUGCUGCAGAGCCUCGGAAUACAAGAUUCUGACUUUGAAAAUCGGGAAGAGGUUUCGUUUGAAAGUGGGACAGAUCACAGCCACACAACACUGAUUGUUCACGCUGUUGAGAUUCCAAAAGGGACGUAUGUUCGGCUGCGGCCGCUAGAACCUGGAUAUGACACCGAGGAUUGGAAGGCUCUGCUGGAACAAUAUCUGCGGACGAAUUUUACAACCCUAACUGUUGGGGAAACAUUUCCAGUACGCGGAGCCCCAGAUGAGGUCUUCCAAUUUCUGGUUGAUAAAGUGGAACCGGAAGGUGACGCUAUUUGUAUUGUGGAUACAGAUCUGGAAGUCGACAUUGAACCGUUAGAUGAGGAACAAGCCCGAGAGUCGGAUAGAAGACGCAAGGAAAAACUGAACAAAAAAGCUCUUGCUAAAGGUGGUGAGCUGCGAUCUGGAAAGCAGGUUUCCGAAGAGAUCCCCGUGGGGCAAUACGUCGACUACGAACUACGGGACUGGAACCGCUCAGAAGUCCUAGAGAUAGAACUGAAUGCAGAAGAUACUGCGGACAUUGAUGUAUUUGCUAGUCCAUUUUCGGCCAGGCAGAGAAAUCGGCCUCGUCUAAGUGAGCAUGUUUUCAGUGACUGCUCCAGCGAAUUUCCUAAAAUCAUUCGGGUUCAGCCCACCAACGUCGAGCUCCAGGACGUUGAAGCGAUAUAUAUAUCAAUACAUGCCCGUCCAUCGGAAGGAGGAGAUACCAAUGAAGGCUUCACCUGGCCCUUUUCGCUCCGUGCUAGCACACCAGCAAAGAAUGACGUACAUGGGCAAUCUAAUGGUCUUGUAUCUUCGCAAAAUGCUGAUGAAGAGCAAUGCAGUAAUUGCCAUCAAUGGAUCCCAAAAAGAACACUAGUAUUACAUGAGAAUUUCUGCCUUCGAAAUAACAUCUCUUGUCCGAAAUGUGAAAAGGUUUUCCAAAAGCGUUCCUCAGAAUGGCAGAAUCAUUGGCACUGCCCGCACGACGAAAUGCAUGGCAAUGAUUCUUAUAGUAAAUCGAAGCAUGAUAGCAUAUUCCACACGGAGCAGACUUGCAAAAGCUGUCUUUACCAGGCUCGAAAUAUACCUGAUCUCGCUCAACACCGUACCACCGUUUGCCCAGAGAAACUCAUUCUUUGCCAGUUCUGCCAUCUAAUUCUUCCCCAAAAGGGCGAUUCUGACCCUGAUGUCCUUGACCCAGAAGUUCUUCUAUCAGGUCUCACACCCCACGAAUUCGUCGACGGCACGCGCACUACCGAAUGCCAUCUGUGCAGCCGCAUAAUUCGUCUUCGCGACAUGACCACCCACCUCCGUCACCAUGACCUUGACCGCCUCUCCCGUCCGCCUCCUCAAAUAUGCAACAAUCCCAACUGCUGCACCCCUCUGGAAGACCCGACUCGAGGUGGCAGAGCGACAAGCAAUGGUCUGGGCCUAUGCAGUGUUUGCUUCGGCCCUUUGUAUGUCGAUGUUUAUGAUCCAGAGGGCAAGGCUUUGCGGCGUCGCAUCGAGCGCCGAUACUUGUCCCAGAUGCUGACUGGCUGUGGGAAUUCCUGGUGUCGUAACGAAUAUUGCAAGACUGGCCGAACGACGUUGGGUAUUGGGUCUGUUUCCUCAAAGGAUGCUUUGACGCUUGCGAGACCCCUUGUCAGUGCUGUUGCCAUUUCGUGCUCGGCGCAGCAAGUUGAGAAUACAGCACCGUUGUAUUUUUGCACGGAUGAAAAUAAUCAAACGAGGAGGAAACUGGCAGAGCUGCUUGCAGCGGAGGCGGGUUAUGAAUUGGGUUGGUGCAUUGCGGCGGUUCAAGAUGGUGCUGGGGAUAUGGAUAAGGCGAAGGACUGGUUGAAAAAUUGGGCGCCAAAGAAGGGUGAGAAAUUUGGGGAUACAAAAUAA